AGGUGGGUGUUCUUUGGAUGUCCACCUCAUCUCCACUGUAAAAUGAGAGGCAUCAGGUUUAUAAGAUGUAGCAAAAACAAUCACAAUGGCAGCUCUGCAUUCCAACUCAAAGCUUCUCUGUAGCUGUUCCCUUUCGCCCACCAUGAGUUGUGCCUUGGUAAGCUUGCUCCUUGUUGGACUUCUUCACCAGACCACAAUGGCGGUCCGAAUGGAUAAACUAGCAGAUCGCAAGAUGUGCGGAGAUGCAGAAUGUUCAUAUGUUCUUUCAAUGGCAACAGCUGUGGAUGACUUCAUAGCUCCUGACUGCAGAUUCAUCAACAUUAAAAAGGGUCAGAUGGUUUAUGUGUAUUCUAAACUCAUACCACCAGAUGGCGCUGGAGUCUUCUGGUAUGGAAGUGUGUACAGUGAGCGGUAUGUGGACCAGAUGGGCAGAACGGGAUAUUUCCCUGCAACUGUGGUGAAAGAGACCAGGAGGUUUACAGACAACCCAGUUUGGAAGCAGACCACUGAUAUGGACUUCUAUUGUGAAUAGUUGACAAGUGACUGAAUACUCUGGAGUUCCCCUUUCAUUAUCCUGUUUUUUUUUUAUGAAGCGCACUCAUCUCUGUCAAAUUCAUACAUCAUGUAUAAAAAUAAUUUAAUGUAUUGCAUUUAGGAAGAGAACUUCAGAUUCUUCUCUCUUUGUAGCAUUUCUUUCCACCUUUGCCGUUGACACAAAAAUGUCAAGUUCAAGUGAUGUUUUUUUUAAAUAAUAAAAAAUAUAUGUCACUUCAAAUGAAAAGCAAUAAAGGAACUGAUUUCUUUUUCUAUAGAAUAUAAAUUUUCUAUUUCUGUCUCACUGUAGAUAUAUUAUAAAAUUCAAAAUGCCAUAAUUAGCAUUAGCACAGACAAUCAGAGAGACACAAAUGUUAACUCAAAAAUUAAAUCUAAUAAAUAGUAAGUGUAUAGAUAUAUGUUACAAACAGUUAUUUUGAUACAGGAGAACUACACACUGGCAACAACUGGAGCAAAAUACAGUAGAAAACUAAAGGCUGGUAGAUGGGAGAUUCAGACAACUAAAUAUAAAGUAAUAAUACUCAUUUAUUCAUCACUUUGUUAAUCCAUAUCCCACAUUACUUCAGUUUGUUGACAAGAAUUCAAUGGUCUGUUAGAAGUCAUUAGUGACUGAGCAGCAAAAUAAACACAAUUUGACACAGCAAACACACCAGGUUUCUCUUUAAUCCAUCACCUGAAAGGGAGAAAGAGGAUACCACAACUACCACCAUGAUAAAUCUACCGAGACAUGACAAUCUAUCUACAUAAAUAGGCUGUGGAAGGAGCAUUAUUCAG